AACUAACAAUCUCUGCAUUAAUACCCAAUCAGAACUCUUUAUUCGUUAAACCGCAGUGUUUAACAAAAACACCUUUGUUGGAAAUUUAUUUUCGGGGCUGUUUCUGUUUUGCUCUUCUUUCUUUGAUGUGGCUUACUUUUCUGUUCCAAAAUAUUCAAACAAACACAAAAAUGAGCUGCGAUUAUGUUAUACAUAACCAACAUACAGCCAGAAAGCCACGCGGUCAGAAACGCGAGUGUUUUGAUAACUCCCAAACUCCGUGAAAGUUUGUUUACUAGUUCUGAAAGAACAAAAAUAUUGCUCGUUUCGCUUUCAAACGGGCGCCCGUGAUUGGCUGUACACGCCUGUCAAUCAUACACGGGGGCGGUGUCAGCUGACAUAUGAUAGUGAGUUCCAGUAAGCGCACUUGGAGUUUUUAGUACACAGACAUUCAACAAGAAGCGACAGCAACAGGACUCUCUCUCCCCCCCACACACAUAAUACAGGACUGGACAUUACAAAACUUCACAACAACACCAGUCUGACGCACGCUGCGACUUCGAAAUCGUUCCCAAUGUAACUCAAGUCAGUUUAACUAAGUAUCCGCAGUUCGCUUGUGUUUACAGUUUCGCGUUUCACCUCAUAUUUUCGCUUGACAAUCAUAUGUGACAUUUUAAGAGGCAGACAGUAUUGCUGGUACCAUGGCUGACGCAGCCCAAAACCAGAUGGUGGAGAUCGACCCGGACUUCGAGCCGCUGUCCCGGCCCCGCUCCUGCACUUGGCCGCUGCCGCGACCCGAGUUCCCAAACCCCGCCGCCGCGGACUCCAACACUUCAUCCCCGGCUCCGUCCGUCAAACAGGAGCCUUCCAGCACCGCGGACUUCAUCAACAACCUCAGUCUGCUAGAGGAGAAUGAGGACUACCCGGACCAGAAGCCUCUCAUGCUCUGCAGCGAGUUCCAGUGCCAGGAGAACUGCAUCCACCAGCAGCAGAUCCCGAGUCAGCAGCAACAGGUGCCCGUGCUGUCCUCUCCGGUGGCCGCCGCCGCCGCAGCCGCAGCAGCCGCGCAACGCAAAAGCAGCUCGUCUCGGCGCAACGCCUGGGGAAAUAUGUCGUACGCGGACCUGAUCACCAAAGCCAUCGAGAGCUCCCCAGAAAAGCGGCUCACCUUGUCUCAGAUAUACGACUGGAUGGUGAAAAGCGUCCCGUAUUUUAAAGACAAGGGGGAUAGUAACAGCUCCGCGGGCUGGAAGAACUCAAUCAGACACAACCUGUCCCUACAUAGUAGGUUCAUCCGAGUGCAGAAUGAGGGGACUGGUAAGAGCUCUUGGUGGAUGCUCAACCCUGAGGGUGGGAAAAGUGGAAAGUCUCCUCGACGCCGGGCGGCCUCCAUGGACAACAACAGCAAGUUUGCCAAGAGCAGAGGACGAGCGGCAAAGAAAAAGCUGGCUCUUCAGGGUGGCCCCGAGGGUGGCGCGGACAGCCCUGGAUCCCAGUACGGCAAGUGGCCUGGAAGUCCGAACUCCCACAGCAAUGAUGACUUUGAAGCCUGGACGGCUUUCCGACCCCGCACCAGCUCCAAUGCCAGCACAUUAAGCGGUCGUCUCUCACCGUUUAUUGAUGACGAACUUGGAGACUCUGAUGUUCACAUGGUCUACCCAGGCCCUGGGUCAGGGACCAAAAUGACCUCCACCCUGCCCAGCCUGUCUGAAAUGGCUGGAUCUCUAGGCCACAGUGGCUCUGAGAAUGUGAUGGAGAAUCUUCUGGAUAACCUCAACUUGCUUUCACCUAAGAACCCAUCCACGGGAGGUCCUGGGUCAGGAUCCAACCAGUCCUCCCCCUCCUCGCUCAUGCAGGCCAGUCCAGGUUACUCCCCCUACAGUUCCCCAGGUCUAUCGGCAGUAAGCCAGCAGACCCAACAGGACUUUCGCAAGUGUCUCUACGGCCAGGCAGGAAUGGGAAGCAUGUCCCCUAUGCCCAUGCAACCUCUGCCAGAAAGCAAGCCAAGUUUUGGUCCUGGUGGAGGAACUAUGGGUCAGUUUAACUGCACAGCAGGACUCCUAAAAGAGUUACUCACAUCUGAUGGGGAGCCUGGAGACCUCAUGCCUUCAGUGGACACUGUUGUGUCCCAAUCUGCUGGAGGGAGUGGAUGUAUGUUGCCUCCAUACAGCAGUGGGCGAAACGAACUCAUGGGCGGUGGACCUACCCACAGUCACACUCUUUCUCACCCACACAACAUGCACGGACAAGCCCCGCCCACAUCUGUGGCACUGAACGGGCGAUCUCUGCACCCUCUGACUGCCAUUGGUCACAGCAGUGUGGGCGGACGCCUGGGAAGUGGUAAAUCUCCAAUGCAGAUGCAGUAUGGAGGCUCAGGUCAUCUCGGGGGUGGACUUCCUCCAUACUGCAGCAUGAGCAGUAACGGAUACGGCCGCGGCCCAGGGAUGAUGGCCCACCAGCAGCUGCAACACCUGGAGAAGCUACCGAGCGAUCUGGACGGGAUGCCAAUCGAGCGAUUCGAAUGUGACGUGGAGUCGAUCUUGCAUGACACGCUCAUGGACGGAGAAUCGCUGGACUUCAACUUCGAUCCCAUGAACUCCCAACAGGGGUUCGUGCCUCACAGUGUAAAGACCACCACUCACAGCUGGGUGUCUGGGUAAAAACCCUCAUCACUGAGCAGCACCCAAACCCCCCGUCAUCCCUCGCCAGGGAACUAAGCCCCUGUAAAUUUGUUCACUUUUCUUCAGCAGAGGCGGCUGAGAUUCCACCUCACACUGCCAAGCACACUGGCUCAAUGUGGAGCUAAAUUGCAAGGACGUCAGACAUUGGGACUCGCGUUCAAACCAAGUGCCAAACCAGGUGCCUGUGCUCCAAAGCCAAAUUGACAAGCUUUAUUUUGCUGCCUUCAGUGGUCAAAUCAGGGCAAAAAAAAACCUGAGGCCCUUACAUCUGCUGCAACACACAUUCAUCAACAUCCACACCAACUUCUCUAAUGAUUUUUACAGCCACAUUUUCCAUUAAGGGCAAACUGUGAUAAGGUGUAAACGCCUAAUAGCUAAUAAACGGUAAUAGCUCUCUUUCGUUGUCGUGUUGUCAGUUCAAAAACCCUACCCUGCCAUUUUUGUCUAAGGGUAAUGCAUUCAUGCUGCGCUUCAUGAUUGGCCUUAUUGGGAAGAAGAACUGGAAGAGCGGGAAUCGCUGUAAAUAGAUUUAUUUAGAAACAGUCCUGCAGAAUCAUGAUAUUAGGGAAAUCGAUGCCGACUAGUUGAACUACGUCGCAUACAGCACAUCAUAACACUUUCAUUUCUGUCUCGUCGGCAUAUUUGAGCGAGCAGAAGUACUACAUUUCUAAACCGUAUGUUACUAUAAAUCGGUGUACAGAGAGUUUACACGAUGAUAUCAACAAUCAGGGCAACAGAUUUAAUGUUGUUUUGUAAAUCGGAGAGAAACUGGAUUCGACGUUUUUACAUUUUUGGCGGACGUACAUGGGAAAAGAGUUGUUUCUCGUCUGAAUUGUAUACAUCUUUCCACGUUUCUUGUAAAUACAUGAAAUAUAUAUUUCAGAAACAUAUAAAAGUAGAAUAUUUUAGUGUUUUUUUUUUCUUUUGUUAUAUCACAGUUAUUCUUAUUGCUGUUUAUUAGCGGCUUCAGUUUGAUCGUUUGUUUGUUAUUUAUAGGAAUAGUUCACCCGAUAAUGAAAAAAGAAAAACAAUUUGCUUGUGUCAUUCCAAACUCAUUUAUUUAUUCUGUGAACAAAAAAAAAACGAUGACUUUUUGAAUAAUAACACAGCUAUUCUUUUUUUAAUAUAUAACGAGGCUACCAUUGCUAUUCAAACAAUUGUCAGUAAAAAGUUCUGACAAUAUUUUUUACAAAAUGAAUGCUUUUAUGUGUCAUGGAGCAAAGAAACUCAGUUUGGAGCGACAUUAGGGUGAAUAAAUGAUUUCAGAAUUUCUCAUUUUCUUGUCUAAGCUGUGUAUAGCACAUUUUGUAAAUUUUUAGGGUCCUUAAAAGACAAAUCCAGCAUUUUGUACAACUCAAAAGUUUUGUAACCUAUGUACAAUGUUAGUUUAAAAAAAAAAAAAGUCAAAUUUUUCCAAAAACUGUUGGAUUUGCUCUUAAAAUCCAUGUGAAUCGGCAGUUGCUGAGGCUUUUAUUUCAGUAUGUUGAUGUACUUUCAACUGAAACUGAAUAUUAAGUAGGGGGGCGGGGCUUUCUUUUGCACAUCAUGCUUUAAUAGAGAAUUAACAUAAGAGGGGCGUGGUUAAGGUUAUUAAUAUAUUGUUGCUAUGGAAGCUCUUAGGUUGACGUCAGCAGAAGGAUCGUCACUAGCUCAUACUUGGAUUGAACUUUUUUUUCUUCAGUGGAUUAACUUACACUGAUUAACUAUUCACUUUAAGAAUAACAAUGUGAACUAACAAUUUUGAUUUCACAUGGACUUUAAGAAUUUUUUUACAACCAUCAAAACGUUUUAUAAGUGAUUAAAGUAGUUUAGAGAUUCAGCGCUUGGAGAAUCUUACGCCUUCACCACCACAUUGAAUCUGUUGCUGUAAAAAAGCUCCGGUUGUCUACUUUUAACAAAGUGUAGAGACUAUUCUUGACUUCACAUUAUUUAUUUGGCUAAAGGAGAAGUGAUUGUAUCAAGUCAUGGUGUAUUGUAUUGUACACCUCUCUCAGAUUGCAGGCACUGUGAUGUAUAUGUUUGUGGUGGUCUGUGCUGCCUCAACCUUCAUGUUCAUUUCUCAUUACCAGAAAAACAUCGACAGUUUGGACUUUUUGCACUACCAGGUCUUUAUAAUGGUCAAAAUGAGCAAAUGAAAGGGUGAAAACAAGAAUUGACUUCUUGAUUAGUGUUUCAAAGCAAAUGUUGAAAACUUUUUAAUGCUUUGCAUAAAUUAACAUAUGUUAAGUUCUCAUUAUUGGCCUUUUUUAAUUAAAAUAUCGAGUGCUUGAUGUUGUUAGAUGUGUUUAUUGAGGACGCUAACACAGUUUUCUAACCUGACGGGAUGUGAUAACAAUCCGCAACUAACUCGCAUUUUGGUUUCUAUUGCUGUGGCUUCAUGCUGUUUAGCCACGCCUAUUACGAAAUCCUAUCGGUCUAAAAUUCCACUCUGCAUACUUUAGAUGAAAUAUGAUUGGCUGUGCCAUAAUUUUCACUUCCAGUGUAAACAGACAAAUUUCUCGUGCAACUAAAGCCAUCUAGAGUGCUGUUGUUUGAAAACCCCAUUCAUUUUCUCUACAGGGAAGCAAUAGUUGAUACAUAAAGCCCUGUUCUGUGUCAAUGUUAGAGUGUAUGGGUGUUUCCCAGGACUGGGUUGCAGCAAAUAAAUGUUCUACGGCGUAUUUGUAUUAUUAUUUCUGAAUACCCAUGGGAAAAAUUCUGUAGCCAUCAUAUUUUUUGGCUAGUUUCGGAAAAUAAAAACGUAAACUAUUAUCGUUAACUUUAACGUUUAUUUAUUUUUAAAUACAAAAAUCACUGUGCCCACCAUCAUGGACACGCAUUUGCUUUGUGAAUUUCGCAGGUGAGCCCACCCACGCACAUCUCCGAACGCUAAUAACUAUUGCGAUUAUCGCCAUCGCCCGUUUGUUUGUAUUAACGACAAGAUGUUUGAUAUUUCAUGUUUUGAUAGAGCUGUGGAGUCCUGUUCAUGUCCCGAAUGUUCGCGCAUAGUUCUGAAGAAUAUGAAGUAUAUUUAGAGUAGAAGAUCAUGUACACGCAACGCUUUUUCUCUUUUGUACACCGACACUGUUAUUCUUGUGUUAUUCUUUCAGUUUGUACUGGACAAAAGAAAAGUAAAAAAAAAAAAAAACUGAAAGAAAUUUAGUAGACAAUUUAGCCGUUUUCUCUUCAGAUUGCGGAGUUUGGACCAAUUUUUAAUGAAAAUAAAUAAAUAAAUCAAUAUAUAAAUUAAAAUACUGCACUUUUUAUCUGGAGAUGUAAUGAGUUCUCCUUCUAGAGAGGUUGAAAAUAAAAUGAAGAUGAUCUAUUUUGAAACAAACUGUUACAUUUCUUAACUUAUGUACAGGAAUGAUUUGAUUCGUGAUUGAAAGAUGACUUGAGGUGCAAUUUGUGUAGAGAAAGUAAUCUAUGAGAGAGAAAUGCUAUCUGUUAAGCUGACAUAUGCCAAUACUGACACAUGUGUAUUAUAUAUUAUCUCUUGGUUUUUCGAGUUGGUUAGCAGUGAGCUGAAACCGUUUGUGAAAUGUGAGCGCUCUGAUGUUUUUUUUUUUGCUCUUGAUGCCGAUGUUGUGCUUGUAUUCCUGUACAAGAAACAUGCUGCCGCUGUAAAAAAAAAAAAAAAAAAAAGCCAUGUGUAUAUAAAUUAUGUUAUAUAAAGAAGAAUACAAUGUGA